AUGCGUGGGAACCAAAGGAGAUUGGGUAUAUCUUCGAAAAGAACCUUCCUGAUGAUCUUUAAACACUUUGGAGCUGAAAUAUUUUUUGGAAAUAUCCCCAAUUUAUUGAUUGGCCCUUUGCCCUGCCAUCUCAAUUGCGGUUUUAACUGCAAUGAGAAGUGCCACCUUUGCGAUGCGACUGAUUGGCACUGCUUUGGGGAGGACGCAGCAUGGAGGGCGACAGUGGGCGUGAAUCGAUCUACAAGCCCCUUUUGGAAUAUGCACAUACCAUUGCUGUCAAUUCCAGGAAUGACCUCCACAACCAUAUUGCCUGACAGCUGCCAUACUUUCCACUUAGGAUGGGGGGUGGACUUGGGGUCUUCGGGUUUGGUGUUGAUGUGCAAACGAGAUGUGUUUCCAGGGAGAACCUUGGAUGAUCGUCUCCGAAAUGCGUACAGCAUGUUUAUGUCAUGGUGUGCUCAAAACAAGAAGACCUCUGGCAUAGAUUGGUGGUCCACAAAAAAAUUGGAUAUGGCAUCGACCAAUGACUGGCCAACAUCACUGGGGAGCUCAAAGGCUUUUGAUACGUCCCUUGUGUUAGCGUGGCAAGAGUCACUUCUUAUUGAGAUGGACUGCCAACAUGAAGAUCUACUCCAAGCUUUGAAGGACGACCUGGAACGCUCGGUCCGCUACUUCCACCGCGAUCGCGUGCUGAUCCGCUUUGGUCGCGUGGGAGCGAAGAAGAACUUCACGCCAGGGGUCUUCAAUAAGAACAAAGGAGGCAUCUCGGCGAGUCUUGGUUCGGAAGAGAAGCACCAGGAAGAGGCGAAAGAGGCAUUAGAGAAGUUGGUGAAAGAAUUUAAAGGAUACAUUCGGUUACCUGGCGACGGGGACAUCAAGAAGGACAAAGAAGGAAAGACCAAACGGCAAAGCGACGGUACACCUGCGUAUAACAUGGCCAAAUGCGGCGUGGUCUUCUUGUGGAACCGCCAACUUGGUCUCCGAGAGGUACCUGAAGACAAGGCCCUCCAGGCUGGCUUUAGAUGUUGGCGAUGCCGUGCCGGGAAGAAAGCCGUGCCGGGAAAGAAAUGCUGCUGUGUGAGGCCGAACUAUGAGGAGACCUACGACAUCUUCCGCGCUGAACACCAAGGUCAAGGCGAAGAUGAAAUUGAGAAGAAGUUCCAAGCAAUGGUUAAGGAUCCUGAACUGAGGGAGCAGAGGGAGCACUAUCAGAUGUUGGCCUCACUGCAGUUUGAAAAACUCCAGUGGCAGAAGCCCAAGAAACUUCGCGGUCGUCCCAGCCUUCCCAGCCGUCCCAGCGCUAGCCGUCCCAUUUCAGCGCCCAAGCGCCGCAGUGAGGGAGAAGCCGAGGGACGCGAACGAAAGCGACAGAAAAAAUUGUGGGCCUGGAUUUGGGUGCUGCCCGGCACACCCUGCGGGGCGGCCCAGCGCCAGGCAUCGCAAGUGUUGGGGCAGGAGGUGGUUCGCUUGGAAGGGCCUGAGGGACUUCUGGAUGCGUCCAAGGCCUUAGGUCCCAUGGAAGCAGGUCAAGUGCUCUUGGCCCACGCCGACUCACUGGACCUCCUGGGAGAAGCUUCGAAUGAUGCGCACCCAGCGAGUCGUAGUGGGCCUGGUGUGGUGCAAGGCAUUAUGGACUUCGGCUACCACCAGUACUUGAGUGAAGUGUGCAAUUUCUGUCAUCGCUUCCAUGUGAUCAUCAAGUGCCCCAAAGCUUUAGCCGAAGCCACAAAGGAAAACGUCAUCGCAAAGUUUGAACCCAGAGAGUUCUCGUUGACCAUCCGCGGCUUGCGCCACGACUUCCGCUUGAGAAGAAGCUUCGGCGCCAAGACUUCACUGCCGGUGAACUUUAAGGUCUCUCCCGAGAGAUGUACUGUUGUUGUUUCACCUGGCAAGAAGGUGGAGCUCAUUCUACGUCCUGCCUUGCCGAGUAGCUUUAGACCUGGAAACAGGGUGAAACUUCAAAACCUUCAAAGUAAGGAUGCUGUGCGACUCAAUGGUCAUUUCGGUACCAUCCAAGGCUUCGUGGAUGGCGACCUGAACGCGGUGCGCUAUGCAGUGCAGUUGGAUGAUGGCGAAAAACUCCGGGUGCGUCCCAAGAACAUGGUUUUGGUCAGCUGAAUGCUGCUGAAUCCGCCGGCCAAUUUGGUUAUUUGAUGUUAUUUGGGGUUUCGUUGUUCGUCUAAAAAUUAGUGGAAAUGGUGGGAGAGGUGAUCAACAAGCACAAUAAUGUAAGC